CGUGGCGAGGGGCAGGCCCUGGCGUCCCUGGGUGUCGGAGCGCGGCGACAGAGUCACUGUCGCGGGACACGCGAACGGAUCGACGCGCAGACGGGCAGCGGGAGCCGGGUCCAUGACGGAGCGCGCGGGUCGCCGCUGCUGCCUGGGCUGGGACUUCAGCACGCAGCAGGUUAAAAUUGUUGCUGUUGAUGCAGAAUUAAAUGUCUUCUAUGAGGACAGUGUGCAUUUUGACCGAGACCUUCCUGAAUUUGGAACUCAGGGCGGUGUCCAUGUACACAAGGACAGGCUGACGGUCACCUCUCCAGUCCUGAUGUGGGUCCAGGCUCUGGACCUGAUCCUGGAGAAGAUGAAGGCUUCCGGCUUUGACUUCUCUCAAGUUCUUGCCUUAUCUGGGGCAGGCCAGCAGCAUGGAAGCGUUUACUGGAAGACUGGAGCCAGCCUGGUGCUGUCAAGCUUGUCGCCAACUCUCCCAUUACAUCAGCAGCUGCAGGCCUGCUUCUCCGUCAGGGACUGCCCGAUAUGGAUGGACUCCAGCACCACAGCCCAGUGCCGCCAGCUGGAGGCUGCCGUGGGCGGGGCCCGGGCUCUUAGCUGCCUCACAGGGUCCCGGGCCUAUGAGCGAUUUACUGGGAACCAGAUAGCAAAGCUUUUCCAGCAGAACCCGGAGGCCUACUCAAACUCUGAGAGGAUUUCCUUGGUCAGUAGCUUUGCUGCCUCGCUGUUCCUGGGUAGGCACGCGCCCAUCGACUACAGUGACGGGUCUGGAAUGAAUUUGUUGCAGAUCCAGGAAAAAGUCUGGUCCCAGGCUUGCCUUGGUGCCUGCGCCCCCAAUUUGGAGGAGAAGCUCGGCUCGCCAGUCCCUUCGUGCUCCGUUGUGGGAGCCAUCUCUGACUACUAUGUCCAGCGCUAUGGAUUCCCUCCCACAUGCAAAGUGGUGGCCUUCACUGGGGACAACCCAGCUUCGCUGGCAGGCAUGAGGCUGGAGGAAGGUGAUAUUGCGGUCAGCCUGGGCACCAGUGACACCCUGUUUCUCUGGCUCCAAGAGCCCAUGCCUGCCCUGGAAGGCCACAUCUUCUGCAACCCGGUAGAUGCGCAGCACUACAUGGCCCUUCUGUGCUUUAAAAACGGCUCCCUUAUGAGAGAGAAGAUCCGGGAUGAGACCGCUUCCGGUUCCUGGAACAAGUUCUCUAAGGCCCUGCAGUCCACGGAGAUGGGGAACCAUGGAAACUUGGGUUUUUAUUUCGAUGUAAUGGAGAUCACCCCUGAAAUUAUUGGGCGUCAUAGGUUUAACGCCGAGAACAUUGAGGUCUCAGCAUUCCCUGGGGAUGUAGAGAUCCGAGCCCUGAUUGAAGGACAGUUCAUGGCCAAGAGGAUUCAUGCAGAAGGCCUAGGCUACAGAGUCAUGCCCAAGACAAAAAUUCUGGCCACAGGAGGAGCAUCUCACAAUAAAGACAUUUUACAGGUGCUUGCAGAUGUUUUUGGGGCCCCCGUGUACGUCAUGGACACCACCAGCUCAGCCUGCGUGGGCUCUGCAUACCGAGCUUUUCAUGGUCUUGCAGGAGCGGCAGGUGUGGCCUUUUCAGAAGUUGUGAAAUCAGCCCCACAUCCCAGCCUGGCUGCCACCCCCAACCCUGGAGCUUCCCAUGUCUAUGAGGCCCUUCUCCCUCGGUAUGCUGAGCUUGAACAGAGAAUCUUGUCUCAGGCCCAGAGGCCUCUGCAAUGACAUCUCAGGCCCCUG